UGACAGAGUCUCAAUGUUCAGCGUGUAGAAGAAAGGUGGAAGUACUGUUGUGACUGUUUGUUUGUUCCCAACCGAUCGUUGCUUCAUAAAGGUAAGCAUAACAUACCAAAAAAUGUCUGCCUCACUGAAAAGAAACUGUAGUGGUUCCGUUUAUCAAUGCCCUGUCGUAGAAUAUCGGCAGCAAACCUUUGUCAGUUUGUUUGUUGUGAAUAUUGUCUGUUCUCCACAGUCUCCAGGGCGGACUGUUCUGUUAUUAUCCUUCCAAUGAUGAAACAUUUAUGUGAUCGUCAAAAUGAUAAUUUAAAAAAUGAGACAGUUUACCAGUGUCAGAACCUGUCUGAAGGAACUGUUUAGGCCCAAAAAAUUUCAAUAUCGGAGAAGAGAAACAUUGGUCGUUUGUACCAGAUUCUGAUUUUAAAUACCAUGCAUCUUUAAUUUAUCCAUAACUUUUCACCGACCCUAAAGAUGGUAAACAAACCAAACUACUAUUUCCGAUGAACAUUUGUGAAUACCGUAUCAAAUCUGAAAUGUCAGUGGUGAGGCCCUGUUAGAAAUUUUAUAUUCCAACGAACGACAUGCCCUUUCAGUUGAAACGACACAACGAUCAUAGAUUUGAGUACUUUCACAGCGCCGAAUGCAACGGCAAAUACAAUAGUAAAAUACCGACAGAGACAUGGCUGCCUCUCAGUAGACGAAAGAACGGGUUUUGAAAUUCAGGCUGGGAACAUACGUGACCUCCCCCUCCCCCCAACCCCUCUACAAGUGCUUUAUUAAACCAAAGUGUAUCCUGCUGGAUUAAUAACUGCCAAAAUUGCGUUUAGUGAGUUUAUUCUUAUUUAAUAAAGAGAAAUGGUUAUGAAGCUCAACAGGUUUUUUGAACUUGAACAUGUACAACAUUCAAUAGCAUUCCUGUCAUUUUGAACUUCCUGACCAAUAGCAUUAAUGUAUUCAGUCACAAUUUGUGAACAAAAACAAAGGAUUUUGCACGGUCGGGGAGCUUCCACCGUAAACUGCAGCCUCGUUGUUUUUAUCUUUGAUGUUUGCCAGCUUUCAUAACCAGUCUCCUCCAUUAACUAUGGUUUAUUUGAGUGAGCUUUGAUUGGUGUUUCUAUUUUUUCAGACAAUGGCGUCUGAGGGACUGGAGUGUUCAAUCUGUUGCGAACGUUUUGAUGAGGAAAAACUCUGCCCACGUUUACUGAGUUGCGGUCACAGCUUCUGCUCAAGCUGCUUGGAGAAGUUGUUUCUAGAGUAUGCAAUUAACUGCCCCACUUGCAGGAGAGCAGUGUCUGUGCCGGGUGGUGUCACAGGACUCCCAAAGAAUUUUGCCCUACUAGACGUCUUACAAGCCACUCCGCAGACGCCAGCAGAUGGCAAUGGAGAUUUUCGCCAUUGUGAAGUUUGUGAUGAUGAGAAGCAUCCUGCGACAUCCUGUUGUUUGGACUGCAAAGAGGACAUGUGCAAGGAUGCAGCUCGUUGGCAUACGCGACAGAAGGCAACCCGCGGUCACCGUGUUGUUUCCCUAGAGGAACUAAAGACAAACCCAAAACUUGCAGCUGUGUCAGUUUUCUGCCCAGAACAUAAUGAACAAUACCGCUUCUUUGAUGAGGAAUGCAAUCAUGUGGUGUGUAGGGACUGCGUUACUCUCAAGCAUAAUGGUCACAAGUGUUUAUCAUUAGCUGAAGCUGCUUCGAAAUACCGGCAGGAAAUGGAAGCAAUUGCUACCAAAGCCAGUACCCAUGCCAAGGAAAUUAAAGCUGCAGAGACUCAAGUGGCAGCUGUAAGUCGGGACCUGAACAAGGCAUACGAAGGACAGGCUGUUCAAAUUAAAGGUGCCUUCAAAGAGGUAAGCGAACAUUUGCCUUUCUGAUUUAUUCAAUUAUUUAAUCAAUCUAGCUUUUGUAAAGUUUCUUCAAUUAACGGAGCAAGCAAAAACUGAGUACUUUACACAAUCAGAACGUAUUCACACUAGUGGUCUAUAUAGCAAAAUUAGAAUAUACACGGUUUACUUAAUAAUAUGCGAGUUGACCUUUCAUAUUAUGACUAAAUGAAUAAUGGGUAAGCAUUGUAUAUAUCUCCCAAAACAAGUUCAAGUGUAACAAAUUAACGCCUCCACUUAUUUGACUUAUUUAGAUUCCAUAGACUCAUAACCUAAGCAGCCGUGAAAUUUUCUUGUUUUGCAGCUUUAUGCUGCCCUUUCUGCCAGAGAACAAGCUUUGUUAAAUGAACUGGAUCAGUUACAUAAGACCAAAGCAUUCACACUAACGGAACAGCGAGACCGUCUACGUAUUUUCCAAACCUGCCUAGAGAGUGCCGUCCAGCGUGCUAUGUCCACAGUCGAAUCAGGCAACACUGAGCUCCUAGUCACGCGUUCUGAUAUAGUAGAAACGCUAGAGGCGAUGGAGAGGCACCCCCUCGUGCUUGAAGCACAAGAAGGUUGUGCAUUAGACUUCAAUAUUAACCUUGAGCAACUGUUGGACUUGCUCAGUAAAGCGGGUAUGGUCAGUGAUAAGUCUACCUGCGCUACCAACACCUACGGAGAGGGAGCAGGUUUGAAGGUAGCAAUACCCGGUAGAGAGGCUUCAUUUAAUAUCACUGCACGCGACACCCAAGGACGUCUCCGAGAUCGUGGAGGUGACUUGUUUAAGGUGAAAAUUACAGAAAGUAUUGGAAACAAGGUCAAGUGUAAUGUGAAGGACAACGACGACGGUACUUACAUGGCAACCUACACCUGCCCAGCUUAUUCAAAGGGUACAUAUCUAAGGCUUUCGGUGCUUUUACGUGAUACCCACAUUAAAGGCAGUCCUUUUAUUGUCGAUGUUAUUGAUGUUCCAGUGGGUAAAGUAAGCUGUUACUCCUGUGGUAAACGAACAAACACCAUGAUUUACUACGAAAACAACAGCGAGCCUUCACGGAAUGAUGCAUAUCGCGUGAACGGAUGUAGUGCUCUUUGUUUUCCCAAUUGCGAGAUAUAUUUUCAAAUUAAUGGAGAAAUGUGGAUUAAAUGUUGGGGCCCUUGUUAA